GAACGUGAAGCAGCUGUACGCGCUGGUGUGCGAGACGCAGCGCUACUCCGCGGUGCUGGACGCCGUGAUCGCCAGCGCCGGCCUCCUCCGCGCCGAGAAGAAGCUGCGGCCGCACCUGGCGAAGGUGCUCGUGUAUGACUUGUUGCUGGGAAAGGGCUUUCGAGGGGGUGGGGGCCGAUGGAAGCCUUUGCUGGGCCGGCACCAGGCGCGGCUCAAGGCGGAGUUGGCCCGGCUCAAGGUUCAGCGGGGUGUGAGCCGGAAUGAGGACCUGCUGGAAGUGGGAUCCAGGCCUGGGCCAGCCUCUCAAGUGCCUCGGUUUGUGCGCAUCAACACUCUCAAGACCUGCGCUGACGAUGUAGUCGAUUAUUUCAAGAGACAGGGUUUCUCUUACCAGGGCCGGGCCUCCGGCCUCGAUGACUUGAGGGCCCUCAAGGGGAAGCAUUUUCUUCUGGAUCCCUUGUUGCCAGAGCUGCUCGUGUUUCCUGCUCAGACAGAUCUGCACGAACACCCGCUGUACCAAGCCGGUCACCUCAUUCUACAAGACAAGGCCAGCUGUCUUCCAGCCAUGCUGCUGGCUCCUCCACCAGGCUCCCAUGUCAUUGAUGCGUGUGCUGCCCCCGGCAAUAAGACCAGUCACUUGGCUGCUCUCCUGAAGAACCAAGGGAAGAUCUUUGCCUUUGACCUGGAUGCCAAGCGGCUGGCAUCUAUGGCCACUCUGCUGGCCCGGGCUGGAGUCUCCUGCUGUGAACUAGCGGAGAAGGACUUCCUGGCAGUCUCACCCUCAGACCCGCGUUAUCGACAGGUGCACUACAUCCUGCUGGAUCCUUCUUGUAGUGGCUCUGGUAUGCUGACCAGACAGCUGGAAGAGCCCUGGGCAGACACACCUAGCAAGGAACGCUUGCAUGCCCUGGCAGGGUUCCAGCAGCGAGCUCUGUGCCACGCUCUCUCUUUCCCCUCCUUGCAGCGCCUUGUCUAUUCCACUUGUUCCCUUUGCCAAGAAGAGAAUGAAGAUGUGGUCCGAGAGGUCCUGCAGCAGAACCCAGGGGCCUUCAGGCUCGCUCCUGUCCUGCCCACCUGGCCCCACCGAGGCCUUGGCACGUUCCCAGGUGCCGAGCACUGCCUCCGGGCGUCCCCCGAGACCACGCUCACCGGUGGCUUCUUCAUUGCUGUCAUUGAACGGGUGGAAGCACCGAGCCACUCAGGCCAAAGCAUUGACACCAGAACUUCUACCCAGCCCGGCCCCAAAGAGAAAGAGACGGCGAAAAGCAGCAGCUGGUGCUAGCACACUGCCUCGCAUGCAGCAAGCAAGUGCUCAGUAACUAAGGUGCCCAAGGCUUCGACUCCUUCCUGGCAGGAAAUGAAAACGCCGGUCUGCCUUUCUGAAGAUGACCUUGGCUCCCACACCCAGGCAGCAAUUUGGGUUUUGAGAGGUUAUUUCUUACUGCCGUAGGUUAGCUGGUAAUUAUGUUUCUCCAGCUGGAAAGAGUGGAUUUCCUAGUUGUUUGGGUCCCUUUCCUGGACUGUGUUCUUGCUGGUGAGAAGUGCUGGCCACAGAAAUAAAAUGCAGAACAUACUUUA